ACAGACUUUUGAACUCCGGAGCGUUGAGCGCAGAAUCGAACCACGAUCCCGUAGCCAUGGCUUCUUAUCGAAAGAGUACCCUCUCGCUCUCUGUAAAAUUCGCCCUCAGGGCCUUCAGCUCCUCAACAUGCUCCUCAAACCCUAACAGUCCCAUCCUUGGGAUCCACGUCUUCCGCUGUCCCGACGUGGUCGGGAUCAUGGCGAAGCUCUCGGAGUGCAUCGCUCAGAGAGGAGCAAACUUGCACAGCGUCGACGUCUUCGUCCCCGAGAACAAGCACGUCUUCUACUCGAGGAGUGAAUUUGCAUUUGAUCCUGCAUACUGGCCGAGGAAUAUGAUGGACAGUGACUUCACAAAUUUAUCAAGGUUCUUCAAUGCAGAGAAAUCUAUUGUCCGGGUACCAGAUCUAGACCCGAAAUAUAAGAUUGCAGUCCUAGCUUCAAAACAGGAUCAUUGUUUGGUGGAUCUCUUGCAUAGAUGGCAGGAGGGUAGGCUUCCUGUGGAUAUAAAUUGUGUAAUAAGCAACCAUGAUAGAAUUCCAAACACUCAUGUGAUGCGUUUCCUUGAAAGACAUGGAAUUCCAUAUCAUUAUUUGCCAACCACGGCACGGAAUAAAAGAGAAGAGGAGAUCUUAGAUUUGGUUGAAGAUACUGACUUCCUUGUGCUUGCAAGAUAUAUGCAGGUCUUAUCAAAAGGAUUUUUGGAGAGCUAUGGUAAAGACAUAAUCAAUAUUCAUCACGGCCUACUUCCAUCAUUCAAGGGUGGCAAUCCAUCAAGACAGGCUUAUGAUGCUGGAGUGAAGUUGAUUGGAGCAACGACUCAUUUUGUAACUGAAGAACUUGAUGCUGGUCCGAUCAUUGAGCAGAUGAGCUGCCUUCAAUGCGGUGCUUCAACUGGGUUAUAUUCAAAGUGCAACUACGUUCACUCUAGACUUCAUCAUCAGAAUUUAUGGAUGAAAUUUCAAGCUUUCAACUUAGUCAAACUUCUUUAUUAGUUACUAUAGAUUUAAAAUUGAAGCGUGCAUUCAGAACUUUCUUCAAAAGUAUGAAUUAAUCAGAGUUACGUGACUGAGAACAUGCAGUUUAUUCACACAUAGAAGGUUCUGAAACAUAAGCUAUUGCCUGGACCUGGUACUUGCAGGACUAAAAAGAGAUCAAAUUUAUCAAAGUGAACUUGUUCAGCAAAGGAGAUUGAGUGCUUUCGUCAUUUAGGUUUAACCUUCGUUACUAUAUGUCAGUGUUAGUAAAAUGGUUAUAGCAUUUCUGGUGAAGAGCUACUGAAUUUUGUGCGAGGAGUGCUUAUCUACUAGAUAAAAAAGAGCCUCUUGAACAAGAGGUCUAUUCCCUUGUCAUGAUCAGCAUCGUUGUAUGAUAUUGUCCUUAAAAUUGGGAAAGGUUAUGGAACAUGGAACCUAAGGUCGAGGAACUUCUAUCGAAGAUCAUCAAUCUCAUAUGCGAGAAGACAAUCCUCCUUAACUGUUGCCAAAUUCCUAGAAAAGGAAACUAUGUGUAAGAGAACAGGAAGAUAUUGGCAACCAGGAGGUCUGCUUUAUAGUUUAACUUCAAGCAAGCACGGAGCAGACGGUUCUGAAUUCU